AUGGCAGUUCCUGCAUAUGCUAAUAUUCAUUGGGAUGGUAAUAUUAUAAAUAGUUGUAAUGAUUACGACUAUGAUGGAGGUUUUUCAAAGAUUAUUCCAAUGGGUAAACGGAUAAGUUUUAAUCAAUUGGUCGGUAAAAUUACUCAUGCAAUUGGAUUAUCCGAGAAUAAUGAAUUUAUAGAGACAAUUAGUUUUAGAAAGUCUACAAUUGUGGAUGGAUCCUUAAAAUUUGAAUGUAUGGAGAUAUGGGGUGAAGAUGAUGUAUCUAGUAUGCUUAAUUACUUAUAUCAAAUUGGUGGUAUACCUGGUAUAGAAAUAUAUAUUAAGAUACUUCAUUGUGUUUAUACUACAAAUGAGGAUGCUGAUAUUGGUCCAUCUAGAACUGCUAUGGAAUCAAAUGAUGAACCAUGUGAAGAGCAAAAUGUAGUUGAUGAUUAUGGUUUAUGUGAUAGUCUUGCAGGACCGUCAAUUAAUUUAUCUGAUACAAUAGAGAAUGAGAACGAGGAGAAGGAUGAAGAUGAGGACGAGGAUGACAAUGACGAUGAUUCAUGGAUGUCUACUGAGGAUGAUGAGGAUGAUAAUGAAAUAGACUUCAAUUUGCUGAGAGUGGAUCCUUAUGAUAAGCCAGAAGAUCGUUCCUUUUGGGAUCCUUCUAAAGAGUUUUCAGUUGGAAUGAUAUUUUCUUCGAGAGAUGCAGUGGCUGCGGCUGCAAAAGAAUAUAAUCUAAGAUAUCAUCAUCAAUUUUGUUAUCAUGAAACAAGAGAAAUGACGUAUUCUAUAAAGUGCAAAGAUAAAAACAGUGGGUGUGCAUGGAGACUUCGAGCAUCCAAGAAAGAAGAAGAGGAUAUAUGGAAAAUGACGAGAUACAGUGGACCGCACACAUGUACAAAUCCUCAGUUGACAAAAAACCACAACCAAUUGGAUGAAAAUUUCAUUUGUUCAUUCAUAUUUGCAUUAAUUGAAUAG